AUGCGACACCGAACCGCUGCCCGUAACGGGGGGAUCUUCCGCCGCGAUCCUCAAAUAGCCCAGGCUUCCGCCUAUCCUUAUGCCAAUGGCGCUUCUUCAGGGUACAGCUCCGGCCAGUGGGAAAGUGGCUCUUCGGCACAGACUACGUACGGACAGCAAGCGGCCGCAGGCAGUCUUGGUCAGUCAACCGCAGGAUCAGCAGCAAUGGCGGCAGAUCCAGCCACCGCGGGUGAAGGCACCACCGCCGCCGAGGGCUCAUGGGCUGCAGGAGCAGGAACAGGCACGGGAGUCGCCACCGCGAGUGCAGCGCCCGUUGCAGGCGCAGCAUCGACCUGGCAGGGAAGCACGGCAGCCGGCGCAGCAGCCGGUGCAGCAGCCGACGCAGCACAGCCGGGAGCGAGCGCAGCGGCGGGAGGCAGCACCGGCGCAUCAACAGCGGGCACAGCUGCCUUGGGAACCGACUCGACCACCGGCAGUGUAGCGCAACCACACACCGGCACUUGGACCGCCCAAGUGCCUUCGAGCUCGCAGGCGUUGUGGACGCCAACCACCACCUUGCAAACAUCUAUCAUCCCCUCUCCCAGCUCGUUCACGCUCGAAACGAAACCAUCCACCACCACCGACAGCUCCAGCAGCGCGACCACGACCGGUGUUGUAACAGUAUUGGGUCAUGAAGGCACGUCGCCUGGUACGAAAGCCGCUAUCGGAGUAGGCGUGUCAGUUGCCGUCAUCGCAUGCGUCGGGUUCCUUUUGUGGACACUGCACAAGAAGAAGCGCGCCCUGCAAAACGCCAUUGCCAACCACUACCGUACCGAGAAGCCCGGUCAAUGGCGACCUCCACCACCAAAGCCGUCUCCCCUCAAGAAGGCUGCCAAUGCCGCCUACGCAGGAGGUGCAGCGGCCGCACGCGCAAGCGCGCAUGCUGGUGCUCGCACUGCGAAUUACUUCCAAUCUCGAAUUCCACGUCUGCGCGAAAAGCUGACACCCAACUCUGCUUAUACCCCGAUCAAAGACUUCACCCUCUUGGUAUACGCCACUGGCCGUACCGCGCUGCGCUCGACAGGCGGAUUUGUCAAGUCCACCUGGAAAAGAUCAAAAGUCCACAUUCCUCGUCCGCAAUCUGCACAUAUUCCCAGCGACACCCUACGCGAUGGAUUCCGACAGCUUCACCACUCUUACCUGGACCUUCCCAGGACCAAUCCAACCCGCUUUUCUCCAUUACCCGAAGUGCAAUACUCGACGGAGACGUUAGUUGGCGACAUCGGCCGGCUCAAGGAGGUGUCCAGCACGCCGCCUCAGGUCGAGUCUAGCAAGAUCCCCGAAGCCAAGGUUGCCACGCUGGAGACAGUCUCCCCCGCCUUAUCCACCAAGUCCUCCAGCCCUGGAGUUUCGAGAAGCCCUACCAUCGAGAUCCCUACCAUCGAAAUCCCUACCUCUCGGGGCGCGCCUCCGAUCUCCAUGGCUCGGGUAUACCGAGUGGACAUGGACUUCCGGGCCGUCAGUCCCGAGCACAUCGAGCUCAAGGAAGGCCAGACAGCCAUCCUGCACCUCAUCUAUGAGGAUGGAUGGGCUCUCGUCACUGUCAUGGAAACGAACCAAGAAGGCCUUGUCCCGCGGGCGUGCUUCUCCGCACAGCCUAUCCGCAACCAAGCCCAGUAUCUGGGCAACAACAUCCACAUCUCCACCGAGGGCAUCCCCCGGUCACUCAGCUCAGGGACACCAACGGAAGCCGGGUCAGACGGUGACCUGGGACGCUUCUACUCCACAUGCGUCAGCCCAGAGCCCACCCUGAUCGCGCCCGAACGGCCGUCACCGCAGCGUCUCAAGUCCCUGCCAUCGCUGGCCAGCCUGUUCCGCUCUGCUCACAGCUUCAAGAGCAUGGUAUAG